UCAAUAAUUUCACAAAUGUCAGCGACGAAAUCGAGCGCGAAGAAGCGAGUUUCGGAAUCGGAGCAGCCGAAACCGGAGGUCAUGAAGCGAGCCAUCCUCGAAGAGGACUUCGAUGCCGAUCUCUCCGCAGAUAUCACUGUUCUAAUGUCGGCAUUGAAGCAGAUAAAAGAGAAAGCUCAUAAGGACGAUCAGAAGAAGAACGAAGAGGCGAUUUCAAGUGGUUUUUCAGAAAUCAAGUCAAAUAUUGAAGAUGUGAAGUCCAAACUUGAGAAAGAAAGGCAAAACUUUUCCAAGGCACUCUCUAAGAGCUCAAAAGAGUGUGAGAACUUAUUGAAGAAUGAAAGUGCCAAGUUCCAAGCAAUCUAUGAGAAGUUCAGCAAGGAGAAGGCUACCCAUCUGCAUACUCUGCAAGAUGCUGUGAACAAGUAUGAGGAAGAAAAGGAAAAGUUAUUCGCACGAUAUGAGCAACUAAGGAAAAAGGAGAAGAUUAUGUUAUCUGAACUUGAAAAAGGCACUUCAAAAAGAUUGGCUGAACUAGAAGAGUCACUGAAGAAGAAGAAGAAACAGGAUGAUAAAGCAUUUAGCUCCCUGAGAAAGAAACUAGGUUCAUUUCUGGACAACCCUUCUGAUGAGGACUUCCUACUUGAUGACUAAAAGUUUAGGAGUUCCGCACUGCAUAGUUCUGUGUACGGAAUUCCGUUUGCAAUUCAUAUUGUUUUCACUGUUUCAAAGCUCAAGUUACUCUGUAGCAGACUAGCAGUCAUCAUGAAUUUCCCCAAAGUAUACGUGCCCUAUUACCCUGGUCACAUACAACUAUCGAUUUAUUGCCUAACUGUUACCAUGGUCAGAUGCAAUUAUCGAUUUAUUGUCUAACUUCCUUUGAACGAACAG